CAAUUUGACAUUUCACAAACCCCUAACCUUAAUACCUUCCCCGAAUCAGCUCAUUUUUUUUUACCGAAAUUUACUUCUUCAAUUUGCUAGUAUGAAUGUUCUGUUUCCAUUCCACCAAUAAUGAUGACAACUACGGCUUCAAUCUGGACGCUACAUUUUCAUUCGUCCUCGUUCCCUAUUCGGAUUUUAUCAAGUGAAGUGCGAUUUCGUAGAUAUUUGGAAUUUGCUUGUAAUUGUAAAAACUGUACCCGUAGAAGUACGCUAAGAAAGUUCAUAGUUAAAGCAGUGAGUUCAGAUGAUGACAAGCGCCUUCGAGAUGAGGCUGUAGUUAAUAACUCGUUAAAAGACAAUGCAGUGAAGACACAGCAAAACCCAAUUGCUAAGUUCCAAGAAUCAAUUAGCUCUCAUCCUUUGCUAAUUUUCAAGACUGAGAAAUAUUCUGGUAUAAGUUUCGCUGUUGGAUUGUGCAUUGUUGCAACUAUGUUAGUUAUUGUGGUGAAAGGAUAUGCUGCAAGGAAAUCAAGAUACAAUCGUCCUGGCUCUGUGGCUGAUCUUGUCCGCCGUGGUCAGCUGAGAUCGGAUAGAAGAGGCAUCUCAAAGCCUCUCAAAUAUGAAGACCCAUUCAACAACCCUAUGGUAAAGGUCAGCAAGAGCAAUUCAACUGUUGAGAUGUGUGGAAAAGUAUACCGUUUAGCUCCAGUGACUCUCACAGACGAACAGCAAUCAGUACAUCAGAAACGGAGAUCACGUGCAUAUCAGUGGAAGAGACCAACAUUGUUUCUUAGAGAAGGAGAAUCUGUUCCUCCUGAUGUGGAUCCCGACACUGUUAGGUGGAUUCCUGCAAAUCAUCCCUUUGCAACUACUUCAAGUGAUAUCGAUGAAGAUUUGGCACAAAAUAAUGUGUACCAGAAGCACGGUGUUCCAUUUCGUAUUCAGGCAGAGCAUGAGGCUUUGCAGAGAAAGCUUGAAGCCCUACAAAAUGAGCAAAAACUCAACAAAUUAGUGAUUGAUCCCACUGCAGCCAGAGACUUUGAGAGGCCACUAAAAUCACAACUGAAGUCAGGCGAUCAAGUAGAACAAAGCACCUCGAAUCCUAAAUCGAGUCCUAAUCCUCCUAAAUCUGAUCGCGCACAUAAUUCCUGUGAACAAACCAAUCUAUGAGGAUGCAGAAGCAUGAAGUUUCACUUUCUGAAAACUUGUCUUCGACUAAGUACAAUACUUGCAGGCAGCAGUACCAGAUGAUUUGCAUGUUUUAGUGAGAAAGUGGCAAAUUACCUGUUUGCAUGGAGUCUUUUGCCAAUUUUCAAAUCUAACAGCUCAAACGUGGAAUGUACAUAGAAUUUAAUGUUGAAGUUGUUUGUCAGUCUGCAAUAGCUGUAUAUUUAUUGUUUGGAAAAUCGAUGGUCUGUAUGGAUGUUGAAACGUCUUGUGCACUUCUCAUUCGAGAAGAAUGAUAUUUUGGUUGUUAUAUCCAUUGGUUUCGACUCAA